AUGAAACAGGCUCGAGACGAGGCAGAAGCUGAUGGAGUAGCCGAACAAUCACAUGAAGAAGCCAACACCAUGACCGAAGCACAGGAAGCGUCCGAAACAAAGCAGCAGGAAGGCGCCAUCCGCGAGAGAAUCGAGAGAGAGACUCUAGAGCAAGUCACAGAGGCCAAGAGGCUUCUCGCUCUGAUGGAACAAGAAAUACGUGCCACUGAGGCUCAAGAUGAGAUUGAAAAGGCUGCGCUUGCCGAGCGGGCCAAGAGGGAGAAUGAGCAACUCGAGUAUAAGCAGAUGCAGCGGGAGAGAAUGGAGCAACGUCGAAGGGAUAUGGAGGCUCGGAUGGCUGCAAGUGGCACCACAAGUGCCCAGAAGGAAGCUGACCAAGUCGAGGCUGCACGAAAGGCUAUUGAAGAAGCAUCACGUGCUCGAGGACCCAACGGCGUGGGAUCUCGUCCCAUGGCAUCCUCACCGGCUCAGGAACGGUGGCCAGGUGAUGAACUACCACGCGCUCGGACGCCUCCGUCGGCUGGUUAUCGUGCACACGACCGGUCUCCAAGCCAGUCUGAUCGACCCUUUAGAUCGUUCCGAUCUUUUGCGCCACAUGCACGGAAGCUUCGAACGCAGGAAGCGGGUCCCAACUAUCCGCCAAAACCCUACUCAGUCUCCCAUUUUCUCGAGGAUGACAUACCAGCUGCACCGAGUCCACCCAUGAGCAGGGUACGGCCAAGGCAUGCUCCUACUUUUGACAGCGACGACGACUCAGAAUACAGUCUAAUACCAAAUGGGGUAGCGCCUGGGCGCCCAUUUAGCGGUGAAGCGCAUGAAGUGUCGAGGGCCCACUUAGGCCCGCAUCAACCACGUAGCGUUUUUGCAUCCCGAGUGCCUAUCGAGCCGGCCUAUCCCGCCCCUCCACCAAAUUACCAUCCUGGCUACCAUGCCCCGCCAUCCCAGCCGCCUCACUACCCAGAUCAUGGCUAUGGUAUGAGUCAGCAGGGUUGUCCCGCCCCUAACCCCAAUCCUUACGGUCCUUCGUCACCCUCUUCCUCCUCUCCAUACCAAGAAGCAUGGAGCCAAUACCCACCAGGGUAUCCUCCUUACGGCAGUCCACUUCAUCAUCGUCAUCGUCAGCAGGACUCCUCGGGUUCUAGAGACUACCCCUUGCAUGCUUUGGAAGCCCGACCUGCCAUCGAAGACGGGUCUGGUGACGCUUACACUCGUAUCGCGCAGAACAUACCUGACCUGCCUGCCUUGCUGGCCCGCUACAAGGACACUCACACCCAACUAAGCGCAAGAGAAGACCUACUCCGCCGAGCAGGCGCCGAGAAGGAAGAGAAGCUGAGAGCAAAGGAUGGUGAGAUUUUUGAGCUGAAAGAGAAGAUUCGCACCUUGGAGAAUAGGCAUACAGCCGAGGCAAAUCGACUACACUUCCAAAUUGGUAACCUGGAGGAGCAAGUCCGGGACCUUCGAGAACAGAUUGCCCAAAACAAAAAGGCAACACAAGAGGCCGAGGAGAUAAAGCUCGUCUUGAAUGCAGCAAUGAAGUCGUGGGAAGACAGAUACAGAGAGCUGGAAGAUGUGCACCGUGCCCUCGAAAGGAGCACGGCGGAGGAGAGGGAGCGAACAUGGAGGGACUUUGACGAAUGGAAAGCUACGACCAACACCAAACACGACGCCGAGAAGAUUGCCCUUGCUAUCCAGUUCGACAAGAAGCUGAAGAAGGCCGAGGCCGCCGCCGACGAGUGGCGACAAGAAGCCUCUGAGGCAUCUGAGCUUCGCGCAAGGCUUGAAGAAGCUCUCCAGCGUGAGCAGGACAACCAAGAAUCUUGGGCGACCGAGCGAGAGUUGCUCAUCAGAGAACGUGACUACUUCGAGAAGACGUGUGCGGAACAGCGGGAGCUCUUGGAAACGCACCACCUGCAAACCGAAGGCCACACAGAUAUCUUCAAAAAGGCCGUCGAGGAAGCAGCCAGAGCAGAUGAGCUUGCGCGAGAAAAGGAUGAACUAAUGAAGCAGUAUGAACAGCUCAAGGCUGAGAGUCAGCAAGAGAAGGAGAUCAUCAAGAGCGUUGCCAGCAACCUCGAAUCCGAGAAGUCCAGGCUAGAGAAGAUGAUGGAAUGCUACGGAGACAUUGCAGAGAUCAAGAGCAAAGGUGAUACCUACUACCUGACAUCUUUCACCCAUCUACAAAGGCAAAUCAUCGAUCUGGCGAAAACUCACUUUGUCCACCUUCCAGUACGACCACCGCCAGAGGAUCUUGGACAAGUGCCUUCUAAUCUACCCUCAUUCAUCGGCGACACGAUAGCUUCCAGACAAGUUCGAGCGGCAUACAUAGCUCAUACGGUAGCCAAACUCAUCACUUACCGCGUCUUUGGACCCUUCCUGUUCAGUCUUGGCCGCCGUUAUGACAAAGCUGACUCGCUAUUCUCUUCAAUGAGCCACCACAUUCGCGAGAAGAGUACACGGAAAGAAGCAAUCUGGCGUCAACAAACACUUCUUGCAGCCUUCACGAGCUCUGGUGCUAAACAGCGCAUCAACACUGCUGCUGGAACGGUCGUAGAGGAGAUCGUCAACGCCAUCAAACAUUUUGCCGAUCCAAGAGAAGAAGAAGGUAUCAAGAUUGCAGUGAAACGAAUUGUGAAGCUCGCUGCGGAGACAUGGAGAUUUGCACGUCUUGAACGUGAAAUGAUCACGGCCGUCAUGCCGGCUUUGCACGAUGAGGACCACCAAUUUACCGGUAGCCAGUAUUGGCCAGCUUACAAACCAGAUGACACUGCAGGUUCUCCGAUGGACACCUCCACUGAUUCGCAACCGAAACUGCUUCUGAGAAUUUUCCCUGUCGUCUUCCGAGAACCGAAGCACGAGAACUUCCAGAUCAACGGAGAGCCGCGUGACGAAGGCUGCGUUCUCCACCAUGGACUGGCUUUGUACGACAAUUCCGAGCCCGUAGUGGCCAGGCUUGAAGAGCUGAAAUCUGCUGGUUUGCCAUCCCAUACCACUGUAUUAACGAGUCCGACUGACGAGGGCAAGUUUCCGGCGCCGGCAUGCCCCCCUCCCCGAGACGAGCAAACAAACCCCCCCGCUCCUCGUUCCCCGUCCAAAACCGAGUUGAACACGGCUGAGAAACCUACCCCACGGCUACGUCCGACUUCACCAACCGAAAAGAAUGAGAAACCUGAGAAACCCGAAAAGUCUUCGACCAUCAAGCGGGCACUAAGUCUUUUCUCUGGCCCUUCGUUGGGUGACAAGGGCGUGAAGCCACCUCUCUCCACGUACUCACACAUGCCGCCCCCACCUCCGCCGACGUCUAUCUUUACGUCCCCGAGGAACAUUAUUGGCAUGCCAGUCGAAAGUCUGGCUCCUUCACAUACACCAAAUUCAAAGAGGAAGCCGCCACCGCCGCCACCUAAGCCUGUAUCCAAGCCAGAGGUGCCAUUGCCUUUUGCGGAAACUCCACACCAUCGCACAUUGUCUGAAAGUGCUGGCUUGCCCCCAAUCUUCUCUCGAACCCCACUUGACGAGACUGUCCCAUAUCAAGAUGUGGAGCCCGACACCUGUCCUCCCACACCUGUAGAUACAGUAUCUCCAGUCUACGAUGCCAUAGACGAAAUCGAGAGUCUGUUGCCUCAACGGACACGCACUUCCUCGACCACACACUCACGCCGUCGUUCUACACACACUCGCCGAUCUGGCGAUUCGGCCAUUGACGACGAGCUAGAUGACUUUGCUACUCCUCGACCUGAAUCUAUCCGCCGCAGGAGCACCUACGCUUCUAGUGUCCGCACACACAAGUCUGCUGAUACAGAGCGCACAGACAAGAGUGAGCGUACAGACAAGAGUGAGCGAACGGAUAAAAGCGAGCAGAAGAGCGAUCGCUCGGAUAAAACCGAGCGUGAGAAGGCUCGCUACUUGUACGAGAGUCGAAGUGCAGGCGUCAAAGCUCUGUACCCCAGUCCUGCGACUGGGCAAAGUGCAAAUGGAAGCACCAAGAAUUCUACUCGAAGUGAAAAGAGCGAGCGGAGGAAGGAGCGUGGCAGUAGGGACUCGACCAAGGAAUCGAAUUCCCUCAGGGAUUCGAAAGAAUCAAAGAGGGAGUCUCGUGAGAUCAGGAAGAUGAGGAGCAUUUCUGAUGCUGGCACUUGGGAUACGAACAGUGUCGUCACGCAUAAUGAUUUCGCACCUACAACAGUUUCCACCAAUGUUCCCUACCCACACGCCUAUGACACAAGGCGGGACUCAAAGGAGGUGAAGAGGGAAUCAAAGGAGAUUAGGAGGCAAAGAAGCAUCUCUGACGCUGGAACGUGGGAUACCGCCAGCGAGGUUACUCGAUUUGCGCCGCCUACGACUGUAUCUACAAAUGUUCCUUACCCGACUGGCGUGUCCUGGAAUCUGCGACGAGCAAGAAGCAUCCCCGAUGACGCUACUUGGGAUACUAGCAGUGAGGUUACUCAACGAGCCCCUGAAACCACUGUCUCGACCAACAUUCCAUAUCCUACGGAAUUUGGCCGCGAGACCAGGAGAAUGAGUGUCUCUGAUGCUGGUACGUGGGACACGGAAAGUGUGUUCACGCAACGCCCUCCGCCGACAACGGUAUCGACCAAUGUUCCGUAUCCGACCAACGCCUCCAUGACUGAUGUUUCUUAUGUGCCUCCCUCACCACGGCAGAUAAGACGACUCAGUGUUUCUGACGCCGGCACUUGGGAUACCAAUACUGAGAUCACAACACAUCGUUCCCGCCCCCCACCUACGACUGUGUCGACGAAUGUUCCAUACCCGACCAGCUUCUCCACUGACGAGGAUUCUUCCCGAAGAAGGCUAAGUGUCUCUGACGCUGGCACAUGGGAUACCGAUAGUGUUGUGACACAUCACCGUGCCCCACCUACAACUGUGUCAACCAAUGUCCCUUAUCCUAGGGGAUUUGGAGGACCUGCAUCUUCAGUCCACCUGCCUGGACCCUUUGAAAGAUUGAAGAGAGAGCAAGAGCAGCACAGUUUUUCUGAUGAAGGCUCCGACUCCGGCACCUGGGAUACGAGCAGUGAGAUCACCCAUGCCAACAACGGGCCUUCUACAAUCGUCUCAACCAAUGCGCCCUACAAGCCUGCGAAGCCAGCACGACUUGAAAGGCCAAGGGUCUUGAGAAGUAAGACCAGCGUAUCCGACGCCGGAACUUGGGAUACCAACAGCGUGAUUACGAAUAAUGACAUGAAAACGACCGUUUCAACGAACGUCGCAUAUGCAGCUGAACGACGAUCUCGCUAG